GUGAAAGAAGGAGAGUGUGUACAGACGUCUACUUUUUGAAGAAACGGUCGGACAGUUUUUAGCUAAUGUUCUGGAGAAUUCCUCUGAAGGAAACUGAUCAACACCUGGAUCUACAAACACACCUGUAGAACCUGAAGAGAACCUGAGAUCAGAGAGCGAGAACCUUCACACACCUGAAAGUGAAAGUCUGAGUGUUGUAACAGGAAGGAGCAGCAGGGAAAGAAAAUGGCUUCUAAAUCUUUCUUAGUGGAGGAUCUCACCUGUCCUGUGUGUUUUGAGAUCUUCAGGGUUCCUGUGGUUCUGAACUGUAGCCACAGUGUGUGUAAAGAGUGUCUGCAGAAGUUCUGGGAGUCUAAAGGAUCCAGAGAGUGUCCAGUUUGUAGGAGAAGAUCUUCAAAUGAUCAUCCUCCAGUAAACCUGGCUCUGAAGAACCUGUGUGAGAACUUCUUACAGGAGAGAAGUGGGAGAACUUCAGCCGGUUCUGAGACACUCUGCAGUCUGCACGGAGAGAACCUCCGGAUCUUCUGUCUGGAUCAUCAGCAGCCCGUGUGCUGGGUGUGUCAAACCUCGAGGAACCACACCGACCACAGAUUCCGCCCCAUUGAUGAAGCUGCAACCGACUGCAAGGAGGAACUCAGAACUGCUCUGAAUCCCCUAAAGGAGAAACUGGAGAUCUUUAAAAAGUGUAAACUGAACUGGGAUCAGACUGCAGAUCAUAUAAAGACUCAGGCCCGACGCACAGAGAAGCAGAUUAAGGAGGACUUUGAGAAGCUUCACCAGUUUCUACGAGAUGAAGAGGCAGCCCGGAUCACUGCGCUGAGGGAGGAAGAGGAGCAGAAGAGUCAGAUGAUGAAGGAGAAGAUUGAGAAGAUGAGCAGAGAGAUAUCAGCACUAUCAGACACUAUCAGAGGCGUAGAAGAGGAGAUGGGAGCUGAAGACGUUCCAUUCCUACAGAACUAUAAGACCACAGUGGAAAGAACCCAGUGCACACUGCAGGAUCCAGAGAGCCAAUCAGGAGCUCUGCUCAACGUGGAGAAACAUCUGUCCAACCUGAAGUUCAGCGUCUGGAAGAAGAUGCAGGAGAUCCUUCAGUUUACUCCUGUAACUCUGGAUCUGAACUCUGCUCAUCCUAAUCUCAUCGUAUCUGGAGAUCUGAUCAGUGUGAGAUUCAGUUCUGAUAAACUGCAGCUUCCUGAUAAUCCAGAGAGAUUUGAUGAUAAUAGUUACUGUGUUGUUGGAUCUGAGAGCUUUAACUCAGGAAUUCACUGCUGGGAUGUUGAAGUUGGAGAUGGUGAAUUCUGGGAUGUGGGAGUGAUGUUAAAAUCUGCUGAGAGGAAGGGAGGUAUAUACUCCAGGAGAGGAGUGUGGUAUCUGUGGCGGUGUUGGGAUGGUACAUAUGGAGUCUGUUCUUCACCACAGAAAUCCACUGUUCUCUCAGUAUCAGUGAAAGUGAGGAGGGUGAGAGUUGAGCUGGACUGGAACAGAGGAAAACUCUCAUUCUCUGAUCCUCUCACUAACACACACUUACACACCAUCACACACACUUUCACUGAGAGACUCGUUCCACUCUUCAAUACCUAUAGCGGCUCUCUAACUAUCAGUCCAGUUCAGAUCAGUGUAUCUGUGAAUCAGUGAAUCAGUUCAGAUCAGUGAAUCAGUGAAUCAGUUCAGAUCAGUGUAUCUGUGAAUCAGUGAAUCAGUUCAGAUCAGUGUAUCUGUGAAUCAGUUCAGAUCAGUGAAUCAGUUCAGAUCAGUGAAUCUGUGAAUCAGUGAAUCAGUUCAGAUCAGUGUAUCAGUGAAUCAGUUUGGUUUGAUUCUGAGGGCUCUAACUGAUUAAGGAGUGUUGUGAUGCUCAUCGCUAUCUUACACCCCACCAACAGUCUAUUAUCACUCCUUCCUCCUGCAUUGUUUAAAUGCGUGUGGAGUUUAUAUUAGGAUAAAAUUAUUAAAACAGAAAUUCCUCUGAUAUUGCUGGAAAUUGCACGGAUAUGAUGAACAGAUAGACCUUUAAGAUAAAUUACUUCACAGCGUCAACCAGCAGCUCAGUUUCCUCUGCUGAGAAGCUUUGGACACGGCCAGGUAGCUGCACCGUUAAAAUAGCAAUCCACCAAAGUCAGAGCUCACCUGACUCUUAAAGGGAAUGAUAAGCAAGAGACACUCUGAUUGGUUUAUUUCACGUUACGCCCAAAAUUAACCACACCCAUGAUUAAUGAAGAGAAUUAGUACAUGACUUUUGCUUUGCGUUUUGAGAUGCACAAGGUGUACUUUUCCCAUCAUUACGAUAGCAAAGACACACUGACACGCCCUAAAUCACGCUGCACGAUUAACUGCUCACCCAUAGAUCUCUAAAAUAGGAACCUAACGUUGUAAAUUCUUUUUUUCUCCUCAGUUUGAAAGGUCAGUUGCUCCACCCACUCAUUACUCAUCAGUGGUAACGCCCCAACACUCGUUUAUGAUCUCUGUAAUCAAAUAAAACACAAAGGAAUUAGAAGAAAUUCUACUUUUUAGUUUCUAUUCUCCUCACUUUUAAAAUCUUUUCUGAUUUAGGGUUGUAUUUAGGGGUGUUGCUGGGUUAUAUUGUGUCUAACUAUAACACAUUAUUGAUUA